AUGAAUUUUAAGUUAGAAAGUAAGUUCAAGCCAGCCGGUGAUCAACCGCAGGCGAUCAAAGCGCUUUUAGCGGGCUUAGCCCAGAAAAAGACCGACCAAGUUUUGCUAGGAGCCACCGGCACGGGCAAAACUUUUACAAUCGCCCACGUAAUUAAGAAGAUCCAGCGUCCGACGCUAGUUUUAUCGCACAACAAAACUUUAGCGGCUCAACUUUAUUCGGAAUUAAAAAGUCUCUUUCCGAGCAACAGCGUUGAGUAUUUCAUAUCUAACUUUGAUUACUACCGCCCCGAAGCUUACCUACCUUCUUCUGAUACUUACAUCGAAAAAACUUCGCAAAGCAACUGGGACAUUGAAGUGAUGCGCAUGAGUGCGCUGAACUCGCUUUUAACUCGGCACGACACAGUUGUGGUCGCUUCGGUAGCGGCUAUUUACGCUCAGCUGUCUCCGAAAGAAUACGUGGCCACUUUCAUGCAUUUAAAAGUCGGCCAAGAGUUUGAGCGCGAAGAGUUGCUCGGAGCGCUCGUGGCCCGCAACUACGUUCGUAACGACGUGGAGCUAGCGCCGGUUGACACUUUAACGGGCGAGCUGAUUAAAAAAGAAAGCAAACUUUUGCUUUUUCCGGCCGACGCUUACACGACUAGUCGCGACGUAAUCAAAAGAGCUACCAAAACAAUCGCCGACGAGUUAGUGGUCCGUUUGGCUGAGCUCAAAAAGCAGAACAAACUUUUGGAAGUUCAAAGGCUAGAACAAAGAACUAACUCUGACAUUGAAUCUUUGCUUGAAUUUGGAACUUGCCCAGGGAUUGAAAAUUACUCCCGGCAUUUAGAAGGUCGUUUACCCGGUCAACGUCCGGCCACGAUCCUGGAUUAUUUUCCCGCCGAUUCUCUGAUGGUGAUUGACGAAUCGCACAUGAUGAUUCCGCAGAUUAACGCCAUGUAUAACGGCGAUCGAGCCCGCAAGGAAACUUUGGUGGAGUACGGUUUUCGUUUGCCUUCCGCGUUAGAUAACCGUCCGCUCCGUUUUGAGGAAUUUCAGGCUUUUCGAUUUAACCGGAUUUACGUUUCUGCCACGCCAGCUGAUUACGAAAUAGCCAAGUCUGACCACCGCAUCAUAAGUCAAAUCGUCCGACCGACGGGACUAUUGGACCCGGUAAUUGAAGUGCGACCAACCGCUAACCAAGUUGAGGAUAUUUUUAACAGCAUCAAACUUCAAAACCAACAAAAAGAACGCACGAUCAUCUUGACCACCACCAAAAAAAUGGCCGAAGAACUUUCCUUUUACCUAAAAGAGCGGGGUUUAAAAAUCGCCUACAUCCACUCUGAACACAAAACUUUUGAGCGGGACGACAUUUUACGCAAACUGCGCAAAGGUGUUUACGAUGCGAUCGUGGGUGUUAACUUAAUCCGUGAGGGUAUUGACAUUCCUGAGGUAUCACUAAUUUGCGUGGUGGAUGCCGAUAAGGAGUCUUUUUUUCGUUCCACUAAGUCGCUGAUUCAAAUCAUCGGGCGCGCUGCCCGUAAUGUGCACGGGAAAGUGGUUUUUUACGGGGACAAAAUUACCACUUCAAUGCAAAAUGCCAUCGAUGAAACUAAUCGUCGUCGCAAAAUUCAAAUUGCCUACAACCAAAAACACGGCAUUACUCCCCAAACGAUCGUCAAACCAAUUCCGGCUCCGAUCCACGGCCAAACGAUUGACGAAGCGAUUGAAGAAUUUAAAACUGGUCGUCGCCAAAAAGAUAAAAAACAGCAGCGGGAGUUCGUGGCCGAUUUACGACGCCAAAUGUUACGCGCUUCUAAGGAACUUGAUUUUGAAAGAGCAGCCCAACUGCGCGACAUUAUCAUUGAACUAGAAGUUGAGUACCACCUUGAUGGUUCAAGCAUCAAAGAUUGCGUUAGUCAGUACACCUUGUUAACCGGGCGCAUUAAGGGCGUGCCUGACUUAGCUUACGGCGUUUGGUUGAACCGCCUUUACUACCAUAACGCUGAGCAACUUUGGGAACAAAUCCAACUCGCUCAAAAAAACGCUUAUCCGCUGGACGUCAUUACGCUAGAUCCAAAGUGGUUAAAAGAUCGCUACGUUAAAUCGUGCAACUUUGAGCUUAACGAAAGCGUCUUCGGGGUUCGUUUUGUCAAGCCUGACUACGGCGACGGAGUGCCUAAAAACGCCUUUGUUAGUUCGCGUCAAUUCGGCGGAACUUUGCGCCAGUGGUUCAUCUACCUUUACCUACGUUGCUGCUACGAAGCAAGUCUAGAGUACUUUGGCGAUGGUCAAGCGCUAAUUUUUGCCCGACCCGGUUUCAUCGGAACCCAAAAAUUUGUGGGUCUUAGCGGCGCACUAGCGGGACACGUGAUCUGGGGCACCGACAUCGGCGGUUUCGCCGGACCUCAACCAAGCGAAGAUCUUUACCAGCGUUGGACGCAGUUUGGCAUGCUAACUCCGCUCUCACGUUACCAUGGCAUCGGUGCUCGCGAACCGUGA